AGAAGCAGAAGCAGAAACCGCGAAGAAGAAAGUUGCGCGGGUUGUUUGACUGUUUUGCUAACCGCUACUAAACAGCUAACAGCUAGCGGAGCCGCUUCAUCGUCACGCGAGGACGUCGCCAUGGACGCCGCAGAGGGCAGGUACGCUCACCUGCUGCAGCCAAUCAGAGAGCUCACCAAGAACUGGGAGAUCGACGUGGCUUCGGAGUUAAACGACUACUUAGAGGAGCUGGACGACAUGUGCAUCACGUUCGAUGGAGGGAAAACGCGCCUGAACUUUGCAGAAGCGGCGCUGCUGAUCCAGGGCUCCGCCUGCAUCUACAGCAAGAAGGUGGAGCUGCUGCACAACCUGGUUUACCAAACCCUGGAGUACAUCAACGACAGGAACAAGAAACGCAGCAAACAGACGUCGGCGUCUGAGGAUGACGGCGCAGACGGAGCAGCGGGCGACCGCGACGCUGAGGACGAGUUCACCACUCUGGACGUCGAAUCCUCACAGAGCUCCCAGAAGGCCGACUCCAACACGACUGUGAGCGUCACUCCUCUUCCUCCCGAGUCUCUGAUUCCUCCUGAAACCGGCGAGAAGCACAAACUGCCGCUCAUCAGUCUGAAAGGGGAGGUCCUGUGCAGUCAGAAGGACUUCAGGAUCAACAUUUUCAUCCCGGGAGACGAGGAUCUGAUCCUCCUGACGCUCGGAUCGGCCGCUUCCAGGCUUCUGUUGGACGCUGAUCCACGAUCUGCGGACUCCCUCCAAGAUGUUGUGGCUCCAGCUGAUGUUGAUGGAGGUGAUGCUGCAGAGGACUUCCUCCCUAUAGAAGACCACAAUAUGGAGCUGGACCAGGAACCAGAGGAGCAUGUGGACCGACACCAGGUUCUGAGUGAAGGCAGGACGGUCCGAGAGAGACGGCAGGUCGCUGACGACCACCUGAGGAGGAAGGAGGAGGAGACGCCACCUGCUGUGAAUGCGUGGGCGCUCCACGACCCGUACGCUGUACUCGGGGAGGAUAAGCCGUUGAAAACAGGAAAAUGCUACAAGGUUCCUGACGGGCUGGACGACGGUGGAAAGAGGAAAAGGAAAAAACCUGCUCAACUGCAGGACUUCCAGAGCUGGUUGAGAGGAACCUUUGAUCCUCCGGAGCCCAAGUUAAAAAAUGGACCCACGUUCACAGACCUGAACUACGUUUAUUUGAGCACAAUGAAAGACAAACUGAAGACUCGGAAGAGGAUCAACAGGAAAGCGGGUGUGGUCGUGUCUGAUGAGGAACUGAGGCGCACUUUCCUGCAGCUGGAGGAGGCGGAGCCAGGUCAGCAGGAGGAGGAGCCUGCGGAGGGAUUCAGACACCCCGACCUGCUGGGUGGAGACGACGACGACACCUCGGACAACGAACACGAAGCGUUUCCUGACGACGUUCCAGCGGAGUGUGUUGGAGGAGCAGACUUCAUGUCUCCAGACGAUCAGAGAGACGAGCUGAGUUACGAAGAACUGGUGAAGCUGCGUAUAGAGCAGCUGGUGGUGAACAGUCGCGGUUACACUCAGGAAACCGCUCUGUCCCGCAGAGUCAAAGACUGGGAGGACAAGAUCCGGCCUUUACUGCAGCUGCAGGAGGAGCGUGACGUGUUCGACAUCCACGACUACGGCGACAGGAUAGUCGGAGCGCUGAACGCCGUCGGCCAGCGGCGAUCUUUCGCCUCCAUCGUCGCCGGCUUGGAUAACUUCGAAGCCUGCAAAUACAUGCUGGCUUCACUGCAGCUGGCGAACGACGGCACGGUGGAGGUGGACAGCUGCGGCGUUCUGGAGGCCAGCGUGGACUCGAUGGGUCUGACGCUGCUCAGCACCGACCGGGCCACCGACAGAUUUAAAAACCUGACGGACUCCGCCUGAAACUGCCUUCGGACACACGAGCGCUGCAGUCUCCCUGAAGGUGUUUUACCGCCGCCGAGGUUUCAUCGAUCGAUCAUGCUCCUGUAAAUAACAAGUUGAGAAUAAUGUUCACGAGUUUCAUCCAACAGCUGUUUGUUAAAUAUGAAUGUUUGUAAUAAAAACUGCGUUGAAGAGCAAA